UGUCAGUGUGUGGUCAGUGUCAGCAAGAUGCCUAUAAAAAACGUCAGUGUUGGGAGAAUCUGAAUGGAAAAAUAGGACUUGGAUUAGGAUAAAUGCCAGGCCCAGAAGUGAAAAUUAUAAUGGUUUUCCCGAUUGACGUCUAAGAAAGGGAGUCCGGUUUAAACAAAUAUGGAUUUGAUGCCAUCUGAGGUCGCGCGCCUAGUGCUAGGCUAUCUGAAGGAGGCUGGCUGCGAGACUGCAUGGCGGUCCUUUUUGAACGAGUCGGCCGACCUGGCGGAGGUGCGGAGCCUGCAGGCGCGCGGCCGAGCGGUGCCCUGCGGCGUGCAGGGCCUGUCACUGCUCCAGACACUGGAACAGUACUCAACAGCCCGUUCGCUCGUGCAAGAUGCCCGUUUGGGGAGUGGUGGUCCAUCGGAUCCGUCGCCGCCGCCCACCUCCUUCCUGGAGAAGCUGCGACAUCUCAUCGUGCUCGCAUCGCUGGAGCGGCUCAAGGCGGUUCCCCAGGAACCUCCACCGCCGAACCGCAAACGGACGAUCAGCCUGCGCUCGACGCGGCGCCAGAAGCAGCAGGAGCGGCUGCAGGACAUCUCCCACCUGGCGCCGGGACCGACGGCGCCCAUCGUGACGCCCGGCGGCCCGCUCAUCUCGCUCGGGCCCGAGGAGAUGAUGAUGGGUUUUCCGCGCGUGCGCGACGUGCACCAGCCAGCCGACGACGACCUGGGCGCGCACGACGAGGCGGCGGACGAUGUACCGCCGCCGGAGUCGGGCCACCCGGAGCCGGAGCCGGAGCCGGGGUGCGGCGCCAGUCCCGACCGGCGCUGGCGGAGGAAGGGACAGCCGCGCCGGCCGCCGCCGCCUCCGCCACCGGCCGCCGCCAAAGGCAGAGCAUGUGACGAUGUCGCUGUCGCUGAAGCAGAUGCGCAUUUGCAGUCUUUUCUCGACGAAAUGCUCUCCAACGAGGACCUGCAGACGCGGAUAGCGGACAACAUCAACCGCGCCGUGUCGUCGGCACAGAAGGAGCCCAAUCUGGACGAGGCCAUCAGGAAGAUGGUCGACCAGACGACGGCCGACCCCUCCUUCUGCCAGGCACUCAGAGGGUCCGGCGAUGGAGCGGCGCUGCCUGCCGAGGAGGCGCCGACCUGCCCGCCACCGCGGCGCGUUCACUUUGCUGACGACCUGUCCGGUCCGUCUGCCUCCGGCGACGCGCCGUCGAUCGUGUUCGACACGGGUCUGACGGCGAACGUGGCCCAGGUGAGCGACACGGAGGUGCACCUGCUCGGCGUCAAGGUCAGCUCGCCCACCUCGCAGCGGUCGGUGCCGGGCGUGCCGCGUCUCGGACCGGGUGUCGUGCUGCCGGCGAAUGUGGCCGACGGCCUGAGCUGGUGCACAAAGCCGCCGGCCGCCGCCCCGCGCCCGUGGCGUUUCUCUCCGCCGUCGGAGCCGGCGCCGCCGCCAGUGCAGAAGCCACCGCCGGAGCGAGCGUCGGAGCCGGCACCGGAGGAGCCCUCCACUGAGUCGGAGCCGGUGUCGGUGUCGUUGUCUGGGGAGGAGCCGGACACGGAGCCGGACCUCGACUUGAUGUCGGAUUCGGGCUCGGAGUCUGGGGCGGAGAAGGCAGAGAAGGUGGCAGAGCCCGCGAAACCGGUGACCGGGCGGCCGAAGCGUUCUGCGAAAGGAGCUGGUGGUCCGGCAAAGGGCGAAGGAGCUGGCGAUCGAGCAAAGGCUGACGCCAGCGCCCCAGCUAAGGACGGCGGCGCUGAUGAUCCAUCGAAGAGCGGCGGCGCGGCUGACUCAGCAAAGGGUGGUGGCGCUGGCGAUUCGGCGAAGGGCGCUGCCGCCGACUCGGCGCCGCGCUCCAGCUUGCUGGUGCAGCAGCAGGGCAGCACGUGUCCGCCGCCGUCCACGCGGCCCACCUUUGGGUUCAUGGUGGGCGAGGUGGGCGGCGUGCCGCUGCAUGCCUACACCAUGUUCGGCAAGCCGAUGAGCAGGUCGCACUACGCCGCCAUGCGGAAAGAAUCGGUCAAGCGCUCCGAUGAGCAGAAGCGUCUUGCCGAAGAGUUGAAAAAGGCGGAAGAGUUGAAAAAGGCGGAAGAAUCAAAAGGAGCGAGCGGUGGUGAUUCGGAGGAUGGUGGACCGGCGUCAGACAAGAGUCCCACCACUGCGCCAGCUGGCUCGCCAGCAGCUAACAAGAGCCCAGCCGAGGCACCGGCCAAGUCGCCAGCUUCUAGCAAAAGCCCCACCGCAAGCAAAAGCCCCACUGCGAGCAAAAGCCCCACCGCGAGCAAAAGCCCCACUGCGAGCAAAAGCCCCACUGCGAGCAAAAGUCCUACCGCUGCGUCAUCCGCGUCGCCCGCGUCGAGCAAGAGUCCCGCCGCUGCCCCGGCCACGCCGCCAGCGUCGGCUGGCCAUAUGCCCAGCAUGCCGCUGACGGGCACUCCGUCGCCGGCGCCCAGCGAGCCUGUGCUGCCCGACCUGACUCCGAGCCCAAUGCCGAGCGAGCCGGCGCCAGCGGACACCCCCUCGCCGCCGUCCUCCCCGGGCCCGGCGAACGACGACGCGCCGUCUCCCGGCCAGUCGCCAGACGCCGCUUCUCCUCCCACUGCGGGAGCGCCUGCUCUGCCGGCCACCGAGUCUCCGCCGGCGGCGGCUGAUGACGCGGCUCCCAGCGGGACGGCGGCGGCGGCGCCUCCCUCCGAUCCGGCGCCCGGCUCGCCGUCUCCGGGACCGUCCCAGCAGCGCCCGGUCAUCAGUCCGCGGCUCGCCAGCCUGCUCAAGAUCGUGGCCUCCUCGUCGGCGGAGCGUGCCUCGGUGGCGGCCCCCUCGACGCAGCCGCGCGGCCGGCCGAGCCCGACGCGCGCCGGCCGCCGGCAGAGCGCCAGCACGCCGCGCCGGCGCAGCCAUGUGCGCGCGCUCGACUUCAGCACACCGCCGCGGCAGCAGCGACUUGACCUGCGUCACCUGAAGGCCAUCCGUCGCCGGCUGAAGGGAUCGCCAGACCUGCCCACCUUGGCAGAGACCUCUGGCAGCGCGACGCCGCCUGCCGCUCCGACACCGGCACCGGCGGAGUCAGAGUCAGCGCCCGCUCCCCCGCCACCGAGCCCGCGGCGCCGCAGCGGCGGACCGCGCCGCCUGGCGCCCACUCGACUCUCAGACCGCGUGAGCUCAGCGUCGGCCUUCGAGCUGGAGCUGGUCACACCGGACAAGGCGGGCGGCGGUGUGCGCGUGGAAGACUGGCCCCCGAUACAGACACCGACCGUGCGCCGGCGGCCCUCUGAGAGCUCGCCGAGCGGACAGCCGCGGCCCGCGGCGGGCGCACCAGCGCCGUCGGCCGCUGAAGGGUCCCCCGCCUCUCCCCGCACGGCGUCACCGGGCACGCCGCGCACCCCACGCACUCCGCGCACGCCGCCCUCGCUCGGCCAGCCGCGGCCGGUGGGGCCGACGCGGCGCCAGCUCGGUGAGGAGAUUGAGCGGCAGCUGGAGGCGCGCUUCCCGGCCAUUUCGCCGGCCAGAGCAGGCCCCGAGCCACCGCCGACCGCCUCAGCGGCGCCGCCGCCCGCGCCAGACGAGCUGGAGCCGACCGCGCCAGACGAGCUGGAGCCGACCGCGCCAGAGUCGCCCGAAGCACCGCCGAGCGAACCGGCGCCGGCCUCUCCCCCGAUCUUCGCUCGUUCCCCGCCCUCCGCAGGCAAGGCUGCGGCAGCGGCGUCUGUUCUUGCCAAAAAGAAACGCUGGAUACCCUCCAUCGCGGCCUCAUCGCCUGCGGAGCGUCGGAUAACGCGAGCUGCCGUGCGACGCAUGGAGCGCCAGAAAGCCUUGAAGAGGGCAGAAGCCAUAAAGAACGCCGGGAAAAGCCCCAAGCGAACUGCGGCACCUACAAAAAAUACGCAACAGUCUAAAAGUCCAGUAAAAACGGAAGAAAAUAUCGAUAAGGCUUGUGAAGAUCCGGCUGAUGCGAAAUCUGCAUCACCAGCUAAACCAGCCUCGCCAGCAAAAUCCUCAUCACCAACGGAACCGCCAUCACGUGAAAAACCAUCUUCACCGAUUAAACCAUCGUCACCAGUGAAGCCAGCACCUUCGGGAUCCGCGCCGUCCACCCAGGCACCUGAACUAGCAACGCCGACAACGACAAGUAGCACUAGUGUCAAGCAAGUCCCGCACUUGCUGUUAAUGCAUCAUGGAGGGGGCGACCCCAAGGCGCCUGGAUCCGCGCCUCGAAUGUUCUGGGUUCCUGUGGUCACUAUCUCUGGCUCCUCUGUCAGCUCCGCCGCCGUGACGGCUACAUCGGGGGCUGCUGCUGCAGCUUGCUUGCCUACUGCGCCCCCCUCGACGGCCGCCACCACCAUGGUCGCCGCGCCGGCGGGGGCUGCCACUGUCACAGGCGUCUGCGGAUCUGCCGGCGGACGGUGGGCCUCUCCAGCCGUUUUACAAAGAUCAGUGUCCGAUGUCUCUAGCCAGCAGGUUCUGCCUGCGGCUUUACAGCGCGCCGCGAACGGACGGAAGUCUCCCCGGAAGAGCCCGCCGCGAAAGCGUGUCGCCCGCGAGGGGGACGUUGCGGUCACCCAGACGCCGAUCCUGCAGCACACCGCCGGGACCCCGGACCAGAAGUCAGCGACGCUCCUAGGUUCGGCGCCUUCUGCGGCUCCGUCACAACCGGGCACAGUUGCUCCUCCGUUGGAUCCGAGCGGUGCCCAGGGACUGGCGGGUCAGAACCUAUCCCGUAGCUCGCUCAGCGGUAGCGCAGCGUCGGACAGUUCUAGCAGCUCCUCUUCGGACGGCUCUGACUCGUCUAACUCGAGCUCGUCUUCGUCAUCGUCAUCGUCGUCCGGCUCCUCGAGUUCGUCGGAGGAUUCCUCGGACUCGCCGGACGACACAUAUGUCCCUCCCCUGCGUGCGAACAGCUACCCGGGCGCGGAGGGCGGCCAGCCAACCGAGGUGUCGCGCUCGCCAAAGAAGCGAUCACCAGCGAAGAGGCUAGCAUCAGCCGCUAGACGGUCACCGCUAAAGGGUGAAAAGCCGGCAAAGAAAAAGUCACCGGCCAAGUCUCGAACCCCCGCAAAGCAGCAGUCUCUUGUGAAGCAGACAAAAUUAGCGAGGCGAAGGACGCCUGUGAAGCGUCAGCCACCGGCGAAAAAGGGGUCACCUGCGGCGAAGCCUGACUCUAAGCGACGCCGAGAAACUCGGCCACUGCCCUCUAGCUCAGACGAAUCUGAGGAUGAAGUAGAGGACACCCUGGAGUCGGUGGCUAGGGAGAUGGGUUUGAGCUGGGGACUGGAGAGCGUCCCUUACGAGUCUUCGACUGAUGAGGACCCAAUCGAGGAGCGGCCCAUCAUACCUGCCGAUUCGCCGGCGGUGACGGUCAGUUCUGCCGUCAGCGUGGUCACCACUGCACCCUCGGUCAGUGCCGCCCCAGCGGACGGGACGGCGGUGUCUGUGACCGCCCCCUCCGCAGUCCCUGCGGACUGUGAAGUCGGCGUCACAGAGACACUGGUGGACAGUGACGGCGAGGUGGUGGUGGACGUGCACGUGGACCCGUCGGUGUCGUCGGGCAGUGACGCGCCCGCCGCCGAGCCGACUGCUGCCGCGGACAGCGGCGGCGACUCCGACUCUGAGCUGGACGUCGGCACCGAGCCCGUCGUCGACACGACCAUGGUCGCCGUGCGUCCCGACAGUAGUAGCAGUGGGAGCUCCUUGGACGAGACGGUGGUCGUCGACUCGCCCAACCCGCCUGCGUCCGUCUCCAACCCCGGCGUCGACCCAGCGGAGCCGGCCCGCCCGACGCAGGCCGAGAUACUCCGCAAGGCCGGCCUGCCGCCCGCCAGUGAGGACAGCAGCGACGCGGGCGCCGUGUCGGCGGCCGUCGCCGCUGCCGCCUCGCCGCUGGCCUCCAGCGUCACGACCGCCUCGCCGGGUCUGGGUCGUCUGGUGAUCGAGACGGACGACACGGACGGAGCAGCCACUCCGCUGGAUGGCGGGCGGUCCGAGCGGGCGGCGUGCUCGCCGGAGGCGGCGCCGGAGGCGGCUGGGCCCGACCACCUGGAGAUGCUGCCGGAGGACUCUCUGAUGGCCGCGCUGCGGGAUGUCCACGGUCAGGACGAGCCGGACACACAGCCGACAGACUUUUCUCGGGCAGGCCUUGGUCGGGGUCAACCCAAGCGAAGCAUGGCCGGUGCUCGAGACAGGAAGUCGUCAGUCUCCGCCGCUGCAGAAAUAGAUGAUUCGCCGGUGCUGGGAAGGAGCGGCAAAACCAGACCGCAGAGUCCUGGUCGACGGGGACAAUUGGACCGAAAUCGGUCAGACUCGGGCCGUGCCAGCUCAAAGUCGGACCGUGAUGCCGCAAAACUAGGCCGAGAUGCCUCAAAAUCAAGCCGUGAUGACCCUAAGUCUGGUCGUGAUGGGUCUAAGUCGGGCCGCGCUGCUUCAAAGUCGGAUUGUCCCGCUUCAGAGUCGGACCGUGGUCGGUCAAAAUCGAACCGUGAUAAAUCAGCUUCUGAUCGCGCCGGCUCAAAGUCGGACCGUCCUGACUCAGAAUCGGACCGUGAUCGGUCGAAAUCGGACCGUGAUCGCUCGAAAUCGGACCGUGACCAGUCGAAGUCGGAUCGUGCUGCUUCAAAGUCUGACCGUCCUGGCUCAGAAUCGGACCGUGAUCGGUCGAAAGCGGACCGUGAUCAGUCGAAGUCAGACCGUGCUGUCUCAAAGUCUGACCGUCCUGGCUCAGAAUCGGACCGUGAUCGGUCGAAAUCGGACCGUGGUCAGUCGAAGUCGGACCGUGGUGGCUCAAAGUCGGACCGUGAUCGCUCGAAAUCAGACCGUGAUCAAACGAAGUCAGACCGUGAUGGUGCAAGGUCGGGCAGUGAUGGAAAACCUAAGUCUGUGGCGAGUAGCGUGAUGUCCGAUGCAGAUAGAAAACGGAAAGCGCCGCUCCGCACCGAAGACCGUGAGAAAGGUAGUGACAGAAAACCCAGUGGGAACAGGAGCCGUGACAGUGAUGUGAAGAGUGAAAGUAAAGAAGAAGGAAGAAAGAAGCCAGGCAGUAGACUAGAUGACGACCAAAAAGGGAAGAUAGAUGUCGGUAGUACAGGGAAGAACAACCACGGAAAUGAUGGCGAAGCCGGCCGAAGCAGACCUAAUGGGCGGGCUGGUGACCGAACCACUAUCUCCAGAAGUGACCAGGGCAGAGCUAGUGGCGGUGACAUGGCGAACGGCAGAGAAACGGAGAAGGUUGACCCCGACCACCAGCGACGGCCUGACCCGCCGGCCAGCCAGACGGGGUCUAUCCCUCAGGCUGGUGCCGCCCGACCGCCAGCAGCUGAGGUUCCGGCGACCCAGACGGCCGCUCCCUCCGCUGGGCGCCCCUCGGUCCGCACCCAGCCGCCUCCCGCGGCGGCUGCGGAGCCGGAGGAGUCGGAGGAAGACACCGAGGAGGAGGACGACCCGAUGAGCCGGCUGACCAUCUCGCCGUACUAUGUGCUAGUGGACCUGCCUCCGCCGGGCGGCUGGGGCGAUGACGUGGACGCCGGCGAGUUCCUGGCCCAGCUGGAGCGGCGCCGAUCGGCCGGCCGGCGCUCCGCUGACGGCGAGAGGCAGCAGCCGCUCUCCUUCAAAGGAGUGCUGCAAAAGACGGCUGUCAGUACGUCUUCAGACCUGAUGGACAACGCCCUGGGUGUGGGCAACCCCAGUCCAGCGAGAGUCCGCGGCGGGCCGCCCCCGGCCGCUCCUGUCCCUGGCGACAAGAGUCUGGCGUCAGUCAAACGCAGUCUCAGCACGCAGCUGGACGGGCCGCCACCCUCAGCCGCGGCGCCGGCCGGCGCGCCGCCGACAUCCUCCUCCGCAGGGGUGUCGACAGUGCACCGCUGGGUGCGCCGCGACUCUGGCGGCGCCGGCGACGGCCCCGACCGCAGGAAAAGCUUUGAACUGGACCGGCCCAGGACGCAGUCGACCGGGGAGGGACGUACGGAGGGUGACGGCAGCGGCGAGAGACCAGCGCCGUCCAGAAGCGAUGGGAGGAGAGACGACAGUCGCACCGACAAGGCGCCGGGCCAGGCCAGCAAAAGUCGCCGCCCCGUACCGACAGAAGAUGUGGGAAAUCACCAGACAGCGCUGGUGGAGGGAUGGAGUAAGCAGAAGCAGAACCCCGACCGUACUCGGGAGUCCUCGGCUGAGGAAGGGGAGCUGGACAGCGGCCGUGGGGGACCGCCUUCUUCCGCCAGAGAGCAGGGGAGACGUGAUUCGGGCGGCGACAGGCCCGGACGGCGACACAGUGGCGGGGGCCGCCGGAACAGCAGGAGCGACACGUCGCCCGAGCGGUCGGGAAGACCCGCUGACGGACCUGGUAGGCCGCGCCGGCCGCCGGGUGACGGCGCGCGGCGUGGAGACUGGGCUGGCGGUGACGCUCCCCACGUCAGAGCUACUGACCGGAGGCGGCGACACAGCAGUGGCAGCGGCAGUCAGGGUCACAGGAGCGUGGACAGUGGCAGUGAGCUGAGCGAUAACAGGGCCGGGAGGUACCGCCGGGACGGAGCGCGGACAAUGGACGCUCACCGAAGGGGACGGGACUGGGAGGAGGCCGACAGGCGGCGAGGUCCACCCGCCAGUGCCGACAGGGGAGGCUCGAGUGUGUUCUCUCGGUUGGGUAACAAGAGGCAGGGCGGCAGGGAUUUCGAGCGGACCAACGGCCGGGGUGAGUUUGACGAGCGUUCCACCCGCGGGCCGGCUGAUCACAGGGCGGCGAACGGCGCCGGUCGGAGUGAGGCAAAGCGUCGAAAGGACCGGGCUGCACAGGGCGGCGGUGACUCUGGUGACGCCUUCAGAGACGACCGGUGGCACUGGAGCAGAAACCCGCGUGAUCAGAGGACGGGUGGCACUCCUGACGACGGCGAGCCGGACCGCGGCGGGCGUAAGGGUCAGCGCUCGGACGAAGAUCGGGAGAGACCGAGGAAGGUCAGCCGUGCUGACGAGUCGGCCGUGCCGUCUCACAGCCGGAGGGAGAAGGGUGCCAAGGAGAACCGUGAGAAGAGCGGAGGGCAGCGCGGGGAGCCGGACGAGGGCAGUCGCGCCGGCCGUCCUCGACAGGAUGCGCCAGAGGGAGGCGCCAGGGACUCGGCGGCGUCUCGGGGGAAGAGGGUUCGCCACGACUCCGGAUCUUCGGACCAGGAGUCCAAUGAUUCCAAGCGCAAGCGCGCUUCGUCCGGAAUUGAUGCCAGGAAACUGCUGGGAAACUGCAACAUCGCAUCAUUCCUGGAUAAGAUACAUCAGUAGAGUGUCAUUUUACUGGCCGGGCAGAGGCCACUUUCUGUUAGAAUUCCGGAGUAGCUUUCUUCGAGAAGGACCAAUGCACCCAGUGUUCACUCACAUCCAGUGGUUUUAACCGUGCGCAGUCAAAUAGUGUGGGGCAUAUCAGUGUGCGAUUGUAAACAUAGAAACAGUGUCCUGGGCAUAGCUGUCGCCUCGUACAAACGUGUAGUGUUAUCGUUGAAAUGAAGUGUACAGCGUCAUCCUGUUUUAUAUAUCAUCGCUCUCAGCUCAUUGCUUCCUCGUCGGGGCGAUCACGCGGUUAUGUCCCGUCUUCAGUGCCUUCUCGACUUCGACGAUGCUACAUGUACCGACUACUUAGUGAGCUAGUACCACUGUCUCCAAUUGUAUGUUCGUCUGCCGUCAGUCAUGAGUGCGAUGAGUGUGUUGCCACCAGAUCUCGCUUGUCUAAUACAAGUUUAUGCAUCUCUU